AUGCAUCUAUUUAACUUAAUUUCUCAAAUUUUUGGAUUCAAAACAAUUGGACAGAUUGCAUCACUUGCAAUUAGGAGCGGGAAUGGGCUGUUGUUGAAAGGUGGGAAGGAAGCUAAACGAUCGAAUGCAAUAUUACACAAGGUUAUAACAGAAGCUAUCCCGGAUUCUGUUGGAAAAAAACUCAUAAACCUUGUCACUUCAAGAGAAGAAAUUUCUGACCUGCUUAAGCUUGAUGAUGUGAUUGAUCUUGUGAUCCCUAGAGGAAGCAACCAACUCGUUUCCCACAUAAAAGAAUCUACAAAAAUCCCUGUUCUUGGUCACGCUGAUGGAGUAUGCCAUGUUUAUGUGGAUAAAUUUGCUGAUAUGGAUAUGGCUAAGACCAUCAUAUUGGAUGCAAAGUUGGAUUACCCGGCAGCCUGUAAUGCCAUGGAAACCCUUCUUGUGCAUUCUGAUUUGGUAACCAACGGUGAUCUGAAGAAGCUCGUUGAAGAGCUUCAAGAGAAAGGUAUUAUUCUGUAUGGAGGACCAAAAGCAGCUAGUUUAUUGAAUCUCAGGGAAGCAGAGACAUUGCAUCACGAGUAUAGUUCAUGGGCUUGUACAAUUGAAAUAGUAGACAAUCUGAAUGCUGCUAUUGAUCAUAUUCAUCAAAAUGGAAGUGCCCAUACUGACUGCAUCAUAACUGAGGACAAAGAAGUAGCUGAACAUUUCCUGCAUCAAGUUGACAGUGCUGCAGUUAUCCACAAUGCAAGUACACGGUUUUGUGAUGGAGCUAGAUUUGGAUUAGGAGCAGAGGUUGGGAUUAGCACCAGCAGGAUCCAUGCUCGCGGCCCAGUUGGAGUUGAGGGUCUCUUGACAACAAGAUGGAUUGUAAGAGGCAAUGGGCAAGUGGUAGAUGGAGAUCAAGGGGUGGUGUAUACUCACAAAAACCUAAACCUUGUAUGA